AGCAUCCGCAGCACUGGGUUCCACCAAAGUCUCUCAAGUGCGCGCCAGUGAAGUAGGUUAUGGCGUUUGAGCUACCAAGCUUGCCGGUGAUUGUAGCAGGUGGGCUUGGGGGUCCAGCUGUGAUGUUUACAGUGACUCCAUUUCGGAACGGCCUAACACUCGGUGGGCGCCUAGCUUGUGCUGCGCAAGUGUGUUUUGCGAUAUGUCAACGUGCUGUUAAAGGUGCCACGAGCUCAGAAAGUGCAGUGCAGCUCUACAAGCAGGUCUUUUCGAAAGGGAUCGCCAAGGGGUGGACUGGCGGAUCCUUCACAGCACGGGCUGCGUGUCCACAAUUUCUAUGUCUAGGUCCUGCUUAUCACUUCUAUGCCUCCUUCUCUGGUGUAGGUGGAGGAGUGGUCCUCACCAGCCUUACAGAGACCGCCAUCGUGUACGGAGCUGAAACAUGCAAUGCUCAAAUGGCCAAAAACCAGAAGAGCCCGGGCAGCAUCCCUGCUGUACACCCAUCAUGGAAGCCGUGGGGGCCUGGCUUUGGCAUUCACGUCUUCCGCAACGUGAUUGCAACAGCAGGCUUGCGCAUGUUCUGCCUACCUUGCACCACUGCCAUUGAGAAGGCCACCGGCAAAAGCAACUCAAUGACUACACUUGCAGGCGAUUUUGCGGGAAACGUUUGCGCAGCCUGCCUAUCGGCGCCAGUGCACCAGCUUUACGGGUACACGGUAACCACUCCUGAACUCAGGACUUUGCCUGCCGCAGAGCAGCGAGAAAGAAUGGUUUCGUUUUUGAAAGAUCAAUAUUUGAUCACAUCCGGCGGAAGGACGCGGCUCAGCAGCAUCGUUCCACGAGAUCUUUUCAUGCGCAGCAUGUACGUGGCUGUAGCUUACACAAUGUACUCCACGGUGGAAAGAACUUUGGUGGCGUGCUGGCCGAAGUGAGUGAUCGGCAUUACUUGGAAUUCAUGACACCUACCACAGGGAUUGCACUGCCGAUGGGG